AUGCACGAGUCGGCCUUUGAAGCUCCGGGGGAGAAAACAAAAUUGGCAAGAGGAGGCCUAAGUGAAAGGCUGAGUACUUGGCUUGGUGAAGAUCGUAAGACAUAUGGAGCUAAACAAAAGGAAUCACAACGAGUCAUUAUUAAACCUAAAAACGAGGCGAGGCAGAAAGUUGGAGUUGAUACACAAGAAACUCUGGUGAACAGCGCUGCGAAGAGCAAGUACAGCGCUGCAAAGGGCAAGAACAGCGCUGCAAAGGGCAAGAACAGCGCUGCAAAGGGCAAGAACAGCGCUGCAAAGGGCAAGAACAGCGCUGCAAAGGGCAAGAACAGCGCUGCAAAGGGCAAGAACAGCGCUGCAAAGGGCAAGAACAGCGCUGCAAAGGGCAAGAACAGCGCUGCAAAGGGCAAGAACAGCGCUGCAAAGGGCAAGAACAGCGCUGCAAAGGGCAAGAACAGCGCUGCAAAGGGCAAGAACAGCGCUGCAAAGGGCAAGAACAGCGCUGCAAAGGGCAAGAACAGCGCUGCAAAGGGCAAGAACAGCGCUGCAAAGGGCAAGAACAGCGCUGCAAAGGCGAACGGCAAUUUACGCAUAAAUGAAAACAAAGCGAUCGCUGCAUACUAA